ACGAGGCGACAUGGCGUGCCUUCCGGCCUCGCCGCCGUGGCCACGGUGUCAUGUAUAGAUGACGCGUGACCGCCCGGCGGCCGGCGGAACCGACACCGUUCAAGUUCCGCACUGCACCUGCUAUGGGCAAAUAUAUUGGAAUAAGCGAAGACCAAUAUCUGUAACCGUGAUAUGAAUCACAGCCGUUACCAGAUGGCUUGACACGGCUGCGUUUAUCGGUCUUGGCCAUGAGGGUGUGGCUGCUGUUAGCGUGGUGUGCGGUCGCCGCGUUCGGUCAACGGCCCACGCCCAACAAGAGACACGACGUUUACAUCGCUGGGUUUUUCCCGUUCGGCGGUCGCGUCUCCGGCAGCAUACCAGAAGGAAGAGUCGGCAGGGGCGUGAUGCCGGCUGUCAAACUUGCAGUGGAUCACAUCAACGAGAACCCGACUCUGCUGCGCAACUAUCGACUGCACGUGUGGUGGAACGACACUCAGUGCAAUGCUGCUGUAGGUCUAAAAGCUUUUUUCGAUAUGAUGCACGAAGGACCGCACAAAGUAAUGUUAUUUGGAGCAGCGUGUACUCAAGUGACAGAUCCAAUAGCCAAAGCGUCCAAACAUUGGAGAAUAACACAGCUGUCCUACGCGGACACCCAUCCAAUGUUCACCAACACGGAUUUUCCAAAUUUUUUUCGCGUGGUCCCAAGCGAAAACGCUUUCAACGCUCCUCGGCUGGCACUGCUCAGGCACUUCAACUGGACAAGGGUGGGCACCAUCUACCAGAACGAGCCCAGAUACGCUUUGGCUCACAAUCAGCUGGUAGCCAUGUUGGAAAAAGACAAUUUUGUCGUGGACGACACGCAAAACAUUGCCGGUGACGUGUCUCUGCCCAUACAGAAACUGCGCGAGAAAGACAUCCGAAUAAUUUUGGGAAACUUCAACGAGACGUGGGCUAGGAAAAUUUUUUGCGAGGCAUACAGGGUCGGCAUGGUCGGAGGCAAGUACCAAUGGUUGAUAAUGGGCACGUACGGACCGACGUGGUGGAAUGAAAUGAAGUCCCCGUGUCCUGUGCCGCAUCUCGUCGCAGCACUAGACGGAUGCAUCCUCACAGACUACUUGCCGCUAUCAACAACCGGCGAAAUAACAGUUUCCGGCAUCACGUCCAAGGAAUACCAACAGGAAUACGACAUGAGGAGAGGCGCCGAGUAUUCGCGAUUUCACGGGUACACGUACGACGGUGUGUGGACUGCCGCCUUGGCCAUUCAAGAGGUAGCUCGCAAGGUGCAUCAGUCUUCACACGACAAGGGCACUCUCAACCGGACCAUUGCCGACUUCCAGUACAGGGACCGCGAAUGGGAAGACCUGUUCCUGGAUGCGCUCCGGGACACUAGCUUCGAGGGAGUGACCGGACCCGUGAGAUUUUACAACAACGAGAGAAAGGCCAGCAUACUGCUGAAGCAGUUCCAAGGUGACAAGGAGGUGAAGAUAGGCGAGUAUAACGGCGUGACGGGCACGUUGGACUUGAGUGUGGGAGAAGAAGUCCGAUGGAAAGCCGGUGGCAAAGGUCCUCCCAAAGACCGCACGCUUACCAUAUACGAAGACUCUCACGUCAACAUGGCGGUGUACAUAGGAUUAGCCGUGGCCGCUGUGGUAGGCAUCGUCAUAGCCACGGCGUUCCUCAUUGUCAACAUCAAGUAUAGAGAUCAAAAGUACAUAAAGAUGUCGAGUCCACACUUGAACAACCUGAUCAUAAUCGGUGCCAUGUUGACGUACAGCAGUGUCAUAUUUUUGGGUCUCAACAGCAGAAUGACAAGUAUUAAUAUGUUUCCUUACAUAUGCGCGGCCAGGGCGUGGUUGCUGAUGGCCGGGUUCUCACUGGCUUUCGGCGCCAUGUUCUCCAAAACCUGGAGGGUCCAUUCCAUAUUCACCGACAUCACCAUCAACAAAAAGAUCGUUAAGGACACUCAGCUAUUCCUCAUGGUGGGCAUACUGCUGUGCAUCGACUUGGGAAUAAUGUUCACGUGGCAAUUCUCAGACCCGUUUUACAGGGAGACCAAACAAAUGGUGCCAUACCCUCAUCCGCACAACGACGACAUAGUCAUAGUGCCGUGUAACGAGUAUUGCCAGAGUGACCACAUGACCGUGUUUCUGGCCGGUAUCUACAUAUACAAGGGUUCGCUAAUGGUAUUCGGUGCGUUUUUGGCCUGGGAAACCCGACACGUGAGUAUACCCGCCCUGAACGACUCCAAGUACGUCGGCAUGAGCGUGUACAACGUGGUCCUGAUGUGCGUGGCCGGAGCCGCCAUAUCGUUCGUCUUGAGCGAUCAACAAGACGCCUCUUUCAUAAUCAUAUCGGUGUUCAUACUGUUCUGUUCGACCGCCACGCUGUUCCUGGUGUUCAUACCCAAAAUCGUGGAGUUGAAAAGAAAUCCGCAGGGAUUGGACAAACGGAUCCGGGCUACGUUAAGGCCGAUGUCGAAGACUUACAAAGACAUUUGCGAUACGGAGGAACAGAUCCGAGCCCAGAGGAACAAAAAUCAACAGUACAGGCAACAGCUGUUGGACGUGGACCGCGAGAUCGACGCAAUGGUGUUGAAGCUGGACACUUACCGCGCUCUAAAGCUUUCCGAAAUGAAACGGAAAGCCUUGGAAGAAAAACAGACUAAGGUGGAAGUGAUUCAGGAAGAAGAACCGAACGGCAUCGUGGACAUGCCCGUCGAACAGCUAUCGCCGGAAAAGAAACUGUGCCAAAGGCAUGCCAGGAUACCUUCGAUAUCCGUGGAACCUGCAUUACCGCCGGCAGAAGAUUCAAUUAGGCCGAUUUCAUACACGCCAUCGCCAACUCGAUCGUGCCAAAGACGGUCCAGUACUUCUGCGACACCGGCCGUGGGGUGCACUCAUCGACGACCGUCCAUGCCUCAGACCAAGAGGACGUGCCAACAACCCACGUUCGUACACCAAGACGAGCUUUGGCUGACGCAGACCCAAAGGCACGCUAACCGGUCGCCACCACCAGUCGCCAGAGGUUUGCUCAACAACAACGAUUCGCCGACAGACGACGAGGACGAUAGCUCGUCGUCGCCGACGCCCAGCUCCAUCCAGCGGUCGGUGUCCGAGAGGAGUUCGUCCCGGAACCGCGGCCCGGGACUGCGGCGUCCGUCGGCACCGCACAUGCACAGCACGCCCAACGUUUACCACGGCCGCCGGCGGGAAUCCGGUUCCGGCGGCGACUCGCCCGUCGAUCCGGCGGCGAGCAGUUGUCGCGCCGGCUCGCCGCCGUCGCUGGGCGCCGCGGGCAUGUCCCGCGUGAACACCCUGUCCGAGGGCGAGCUGCUCGACGUCGCAAUACUGCCCAUAUUCCAGAAACUGCUGACCGAGCGGCGAGCGCACAAGUCGUCGUCCGCGUCGUCCCAUCACCACCAUCACCAUCACCGGGCGUCCAUAUCGUCGUGUCCCAACAUAGCGGUCAAAUGUGACAUCGUCGAGUACCUGUAGUCGGCGCUUGGCUGGUGCCGGUCACCGGGCGCACGUCACCCGGUGCAGGUCGUGCAAUACGUAAAACCGGUCACUAAAAUAACAACACUGUUGCCAACUUUGCGAAGAACGAGGUAGGAUAUCCUGUGUUUCUUGGCCAGGAACCUUGCGGGCAAAUUACAUGGUUUAGAUACCAUUAAGACGAAAGCAACUGAGACUUAUACCCAGAGUUGCAAAAAAAGCGUUUGGAAUGAGUAAAAGUCUGUAGCCGUUCAAUGAGUUCCCCGUUGGCGUUCCUUCCACAAGUCUAGAGUUGGGCAAUAGUUCAAUAAAAUAUCAUAACUGAUUAAUCGAACAAAUCUUAAUCAUUUUCAUAAUAAUUUUGUCGUUAAUUUAAUUUGUGAUUUGUUUGGAUAGCCACCAUUAAUCGAGUUAUGAUUAUUAACUGAAAGUAAGAGUUGAUGUGAGCAAACUCUUAGCGCAUGGACGGCAUUCGAUUACUGGCCUAUCAACCGAUAAUAAUUGAUAGCUGGUCUAAACAUCUAAGUUUUUUUUUUUUCAUUUAAUUGCCCGAGGAAUCCAAACCACGGCUGGGACAAAGGGGAUCCAUGAAAACAACCGGAUCUGGUCCUGAAACGAAAAUUUCUAGUUUUACAGAUUAUAUAGUAUAAGAUACACUUUUUACGGGACCAAGAAACGAUUUUCCAAACGCUUCGAGUAUGAUAUGGUCCUCGUAACCGUCUACACAUUUUUGUACUAGUAUAUUUUUUUCUACUAUUAUUAUUGUUUUACCUAUUCAUAGUGAUAUUGUUAACUAUCGUAUCGUAUCGUUUAGUAAAAAUAUGUUACAGUUAUUGUUUAAUAACGCCAAACGGAAAGCGAAUAAAAUAAUAUUUUCUAUUGAUAACAAGUUAAUGUUUUAUAGUUCUAUAUAAUAGUACUAUUUAUUAUUAUGAUUACAUUUUUUUUUUGUCAAUUAAAUAAAUUUAAACAAUUUUUUUUGGUUUUAUUUUUUAUUUUUAGCCUUAUAUUUUUAUUUUAUUACCAUAAUAAAAUUUGUAUUGUAUAUAAUGUAAUGUAAAUACAUGUUGUUGAUAAAACCUAUUUAAAUUGAAACCUAUAAGUGUACAGAUUGUUAUACAGAUGGGUGUUCAGAGAGAAAGAGAGAGAAAAAAAAAAGCAAUCUUAGGACAAUCCUCCAGAAUUCCAUUUAUAUAAUUAUUAUAAUAUAAUAAAUAAUAUAUAUGUAUCCACUGUACUCGUACUGU